AUGGAAACAAAAAUCACAUUUGUUUGGGAAGUUUGUCAGUUGGGCCUUGGCCCAAUUAGUUUACCUGGUAGUCAGAAAUGCAUGCGGCCUGACUACUCUCUGGCAUUAGUCGGAAAGCAUUCCAAACUCGGGACAGACAGUGUGGUGGUCCUUCGUGGAGAAGUCCACUCUAAAGUACUUCGAGACUGUAAAUCUAGAGACUGUACUAUCUUGCUUGUUUUGCAUAACUCUAAAUCAAGACAGGUGAAGCCAUCAAAAGGCAAAAGCUUGAUGAUGGGAGCAAACCCGGACAGAGAACAUAAAGGUGCAUUGCGUCUGCCGAUGACACUAAAAAGGCGAAAGAAUUCAGAGUUUGUGACAUCUCAGAGAGUUCGUCCUAAACAACAGAGCUGCACAGAAAUGAGAAAACUGAAAACUAAGCAUGCGCUUCCUCUCUGUUUCACAAAGAUUUUGGCAGCUCCAGCUAUGCCCACACCACAAAGAAGUACACCACAUCCUCCAGAAUUUCAAGUCAACCACACUGAUCAGACCACGAGAUUCAAACGCUCUUAUCCAAAAUAUUUUCUGAAUCAAAUUUCUGUUCUGGAUAAACUAAAGGCCUCUUACAGAAUUUUUCAAGAGUUUAAUCUGCAUGUGGACCAUCGGCCUAUCGAAAGGGCAGACUUUGACCAUAAAAUCAAAGAGAAAGAGAUGAUGUACAAGAGACAUCUCGAAGAGGCGGAAGCCGCAAAAAUGGUAGAGGAAGAGAGAGCUCUAAAACAACUGAGAAGGACAAUCGUUCCUCAAACCAGACCAGUGUCAAACCUUAACAACCCAUUCUUACCUCACAAGUCGAACAAGGAGACGACAAAACCAAAUUCACCAAAGCUUAGAGUGAUUAGAAGAAUCGACAGGAGAACAAUGAUGAUGGUUUCUCCUCACAUGAGGUAGCUGUUAAAAAGUAAAAAAGACUAAGCAGCAGCAGAUAUUGCUGUUCAAGAACGUUUGAACCGCACCAACCGCUCAAC